UGUCAUAUACGUGUAAAAUUUAUUAAUAUUUAAAAAGGAUUUUAAAUGAUUUGUGUUUAUUUUAAACCUAUAUAGGUUAUUAGUUAAGCGUUUAUUAUAAAGCAGAACAAAGUAUCAUAUAUAUUUUUCUGGCAAUGGCAGAGAAAAAGUCCAACCCACUGGACAUAAAUGGUUCAACUUUUAAUCCUAAUUUAUACUUAGAAAAAUUAUUUAAGGAAUGUACACUUCGUCAAGUAAUGGAUCAUGAAAAUGAAAUCAUUAAGGACACCCAAACGUUACACUCGGAUAUGCAGACUCUAGUCUAUGAGAAUUAUAACAAAUUUAUUUCUGCCACUGACACAAUUAAAAAGAUGAAAAACGAUUUCAAGAAAAUGGAAACUGAAAUGGACUUAUUGGCUUCUAAUAUGGCAUCGAUAACCUCUUUUUCUGAUCAGAUUAAUUCCACGCUUCAUGACACAAGGGAAAAGAUUAGUAAACUUUCGGGUGUACACACUUUAUUGCAGCGACUGCAGUUUUUAUUUAAAUUGCCAGCCACAUUGAAAUCUCGAAUGGAAGAAAAAAAUUAUAUUCAAGCCACACAAGACUACUUGCAUGCACAGAGAGUUUUACAACAAUAUGGAGACUUGCCUUCCUUUCAAGGUAUAAAAACUGAUUGCGAGUCAAUUCUCAAGGAACUGAAAACUGAAUUACGAAAACAGUUUUGCAAUUCCAAUGCCUCGGCCAAGGAAUUGACUGAAUCGGUGGACCUACUCCUGCAAUUAGAUGAACCUGCAAAGGAAUUAUGUUUAGAAUUCUUAUCAUGUGCAGAAAAACGUUUAAGUGAGCAAUUGGUUAUGUUGAAAGAUCAGAGCGAGCAGAGGGAUAUCAUCGAAUUUGUCGAAUUGGGUUGUUCGGGAUUUUUGAGCGAUUUGUGUUUGGUUAUUGCAUCUUUUCACGAUAUGUUCAUUAACAGAGUUAAUGCAGACAAUUUAGAAAACAGUGAAAUAUUUGAGAAUUUCGCUGCUGUGGAGCUGCAUUCCUUUGUAAAGACGAAUAUGAAAAACUAUUUUGAUCUGGUUCAAAGUAAAGUUGAUUCGGAACAGGAUGUUGGGGAUACCAGUGUCUUAGUUCAGGCUUUAGAUAGAUUCUACAGGAGGAUAGAAGCAAAUACGUUGUGCAAAGAUAUCGAUUUUGCAAAUACCGCUACAGAAAUUGUCAUAAAUGCUGGGCGGAAACAAUGCAAAGCUCAUCUCCAGAUCCUCAAAAUGCAUUUUGCGGAUAUGUUGACUAAAGUAAGGCAAACCUUAACAACGCCUAAGCUUAUAAGCCAAGAGGAUUCAUCGAAGAACCUAAAUGAGUUGCUGAACUCGUUAAUAAUGACUAUAGUUGAAAAAAUAAAGGGAGUUUUGCAGGAUUUGGUUGUUUUUAUCCAACCCGAGAUCAAUUUCGCACAGAAACCUCAGUUCAAAGACAGUUUCUGUGUCGACAAUGUGCGAGAGGGUCUUAUAGUAUGUUUCAUGCACCACUUCACAGCGACAGCUCGAAGUUUUUGUUCAACGGGCGCUGCAGAUCCUAAAGUACCUCCAACGUUGCUUCUUCUACUGUCGAAGCUCUGUUUGGAUUUCAGGAAUGGCAGUGUGCACUUUUUGUUAUCGCAAACCGAUGAGCUAUUCCAAAUAAAUCCAAAGCAAAAUACAGCGUUGACCACUGAGAGUGAGAUCAAUAGCACCAUGCAGGAAUCGGCGCAGGAACUUCUUAAUUAUUAUGUGAGGAUUCAGGGUCUUAAUUGUUCGCAGAUGUUGAGGAAAAGCGUUGAAACCAGGGACUGGUUACAUACUAUCGAGCCAAGGACGGUACGUGCCGUCAUGAAAAGGGUUGUAGAGGACAUCUCCGCAAUCGAUGCCACCGUUGCCUUGUUGUACGAAGAUCAAGGCACUGCUACUGAACAUUCCAGCGAUUCUAGUCGCAAAACACACAGUAUAUCAGUUUCGAGACAUCAGUACCGAUCCAACUGGUCCAGUUACACACCUAACCACCUCGACUCAACUCUGGUCUCGAACAUGCAUAAGCUUUUCAGCGAACGAAUCGAAAUAUUCUCUACGGUAGAGUUUAAUAAAGUGUCGAUACUGACAGGUAUUAUUAAAAUCAGUCUGAAGACCUUUAUGGAGUGCGUCAGGCUAAAAACCUUCAGUAAAUAUGGACUGCAACAGAUCCAAGUGGAUACUCACUAUCUCCAGUUGUACUUGUGGCGAUUUGUGGCCGAUGAGAAUCUUGUCCAUUUUCUGUUGGACGAAAUUUUGGGGUCGGCGGUUCAUCGUUGCCUAGAACCCGUGUUAAUGGAACCCAGUGUUGUUGAUAUAAUAUGUGAAAGGGGUUAAGUGGGAAUAAGUUAUAAUUUUGUACCUGUAAGCAUCAAACAUGUUUUAUGUUUAACAGCUUAUUUGUUUGAAUAAAUAAUACGA